AUGAAAAACUGUCCCAACAACGCCAGCAGCAGUAGCAUCGUCAGCAAGGUGGUGGGUGCGUCGUCGGCUCCGCCAGCCUCUGCCAACCUCAACCACCAUCAAUCGGCCACCGCCGCCGCCCAUUUCAAUCUGAUCACGAACCUAGCCGCAAAUCCCCUGACGGUCAACAGCAGUCUCAUCCCGGCACCCUCCAUAAUGACAAACACAAGCAACGCAAUUAUUCUGGCUGCGGCCGCCGCCGCAGGUCAUCACCAUCCUCAGCAUCCGACGGCAGCUCUCCAUCAUUUUGCAGCGGCACCAGCUCCAACCCCGCAUCAUCACUUGCUGGCCGCCCAACCUCCGACGGUCAACCCUGCCGCCAAGCUGUUCCACCAUCCUGGUGCUGCUGCUGCUGCUGCGGUGGUCCAACCCGCGGCCAUCGUGAACCACCAUUCACUGCUUCAACUUCCUCCGACGGUGUCCUCCUCCUCGGCGGCCUCUUCCAGCCUGCCGGUGCGAACCAUUACGGCCGUCGUAGGCGCCAUGACGACGGUCGCGACGCUCGCAUCGACCGCGGCCACGACGGUGCUAACUCCUUCCUCCAAUGGCAACGGCAUCUACGUUCCUCAAAGCAAUGGCAGCAGUAGCAGCAAUUGUAACAGUACUAGCAGCAACAGUAUUGCGGCCGCCGUCGCAGCCAUCAUCAACAGUAAUCUUAACUUUAGAAGCAACAGCAACCACAAAGUUCCAGGUGGCGUGAGUGGCGGAGCGGCAAUUGAACACAAUCACAAUCUCAAGCACAAGCUGACGACGACGAUGACGAGCUAUGAGAAUGGUGGUGGUGGUGGUGGUGGCGAGCAGGACGAGCAUCCGGUGCGGAAGCAGCUCAAGCUGGAGAACGGCGGCGAAUCAGGGACAGUUACAACAACGAUGACACCAGCUACAACGACGACGGCGACAAACUUGGGCGGAAGUGAGGUGGAGCAGCAGCCAAUUAAGCAGGAAAGAUGA